AUGGAAAAAUUGAGGCAGAUUAUUGUUAUUUGCAAGUAUUGUCCUAAAGUGUGGUUGCUCGUAGCUAUGAAGCUUUAUUACCCUUACAUGAUGAGGAAGUGGUUCAAGCAGUACAAGAAUGUAGCAGUUAGUGAAGAUUUCGAUCUUAUUUAUGGAGAUCAUGACUUGGAAGAGAAUUACGAAGAUGAAGGGACUGAAAUCCAAAUUCAUGUAGAUACAAUCCUUGAGAACCCAAGAUUAGACUUCAAGCUUGAGUUCUUCUAUUCUGACAUCUGGCUCCAUGUGUACUCUCCCAGAGCAAUCAGGGAGAUGAUCGCUCUUACUCCUAAGAAGAUAGAUCGGUCUGAUUAUGAGAAACUGAACUUUGGCAAGCUCUCAGCCUAUUCUUUCGAGAAGCAAAGGACUUCAAAAGAAUGGAAAAUUCGGAGAGAAGCUGCUACCAAGCACACACCUAUAAAAAGACCCAAUGAUCAUAUUAAAAUGAUGCUUGAAGAAAUCAAAUAUGGAUCAAGGAAGUGGAAAUCUGGCAAAACUGUUGAUAUCACUGAAUUUCUUAAUGAUUUAUCCAUAGAGAUCCUUUGUAUGGCACUCUUUGGUUCUGAUUUCUUUGAAGAAUCUGGAAAAUGUCCAUACAUUAAUAAAAAGAACAAGAUAAAGAAAAUGGAUCUUCCUGAAGCGAUUCUUUAUACUUCUGAUGAUAUAGACAACAGUUACGAAAAUCCAAUGUCUCAUCACUUCCCAAUGGUCAAUGAAAAGAGUUUGGGGAAACCUUAUAAGAGAGAUAAAAAGAAUAUUCAAGAAAUACUAAAGUUCUUAUCAAACUAUUUGAAAUUUAAAGGUAUCUUUUGUAAAAUUUAACUCAGUUUUAAUUGGUUAAUUUAGGCAUCUUAAAAGUAAGUUGGCUUGAAUCAGAUAAAUAGGAUGGAUUUCAUCACAAGUUCCCUCAAAUUACAGAAGAGCAGGUUGUCAAUGACUACCUUAAUGUAAUCGAUGCAGCUAAUUAUACCUUGGAUAUUGGCCUGGUGAGCUGUCUUUUUAGGCUCAAACAAAAUCCUCAAGUUCAGGAGAAGCUAGUUGAAGAGCUCAAG